AUGGCCGAAAAGGACAAGACAAUAUCAUGGAUGUACGAAGGGGCGAAGGCGUCCGUUAAUAGGGAGGAUUAUUUAUUGGGCAAGAGAGUAAGUUUUAAUUUUAUUUGGGUUUUUUAUGUUUAUUUAAGAUUGAUAAGAACUUUGAAUUGUACACUGAUACUCUGAAAAAGGAUAAAGAAUCAAAUGAAGAAGUGUUUUUGCGAAAGAAGAAAUUUGAUACCCCUGCACCAUUGCCAGCUAUUGUUGUUCGCACAGAAGAUCCUUUGGUUGCCAUGAAGGUAUUCUGUUGGCAAAAUACGUAUCGUAUUUUAGAUCAGAGAAGAAACUCGGCGCCAAGAGUUGCUGCAUAAUCCAUCGUUUAAAAUGAAGGCCAAACAAAUACUGAUGGAAGAGUUUGCAAAACUGCAGAAGAAGAAGAAAAAGAAAUCAAAGAAGAAGAAAAACGACAGCAAAGAUUCAGACAACGAAUCUACGGGACGAAAGAAGAGUUCCAAGAAAAAUAAGAGAAGGAGAUCAAGUUCUUUUGAUUCUUCUUCAGAAUCUGAAGAAGAAAAGAAACGGAACACCGGUAAGAAUAAAGAAGAAGAACCCAGGCUAAAGUCGAGGAAAAGGAAACGCGAUUCCUCUUGUGACAGGUCUUCUGAUGACAAGAGUAGUCGGGAUCAGCAGAGAAAGGCAAUGGACAAGUGCGGCGUGGGACAUUCACGUGGAGGCCGUUUUUUAUCAAAUGAUGCAUCUGAAAAAGAUAGGAGAACACGGAGUAACUCUGACCAUGAGGAUCAUAGAAGGGUGAGUUUCCUUGUCAAUACAUUCGUUUACAUUUUAGAAAGAUUACAAUAGGAGGAACCGGUCGAAUAGUCCUGAUGGGCGACGGAGAAAAUCCAGGUCACCUUAUGAUAGAAGGAAUAAGGAAAAGAACGAUGACCGGAAUAAAAAUGACCUCCGAAGAGAGCGACAUGGAGAGAAUCAUUUGGAUGCUAGGAAUUCAUCGAGGAGUAGGAGAAAAUAUGAUGACGAAAAGGUAGCCUGAUUUUGUAAUUUUAUGUGUUAAUAUUAGGAGAAAAUGAAGUUAAAAGCCGCUGAAAUGGAGAGAAAACGCCAAGUAAUGCUGGAAAAUGCAAAAUGGAAGGAAGAAGUCAAGAAGGACAAUGCAAAGUUUGCACGUGCAGAGUUGCAGCGAGAACAAGAUGCGCAGGACGAAGGAAGCAAGACCAAUGCGACUUUCAUCAAGUGCGUUCUGCUUAGCCUUUAAUUUGUUGUAUUUUCAGAGCAUUCAAGAAGAUGAACGAAAGCAAAUCCGUUGCCGACAAUCUUCACAGCCAUUCCCGAAGGCAGUACCGUGAUAAUGAAGACUGA